GCAAGAGCCAGGCGGAGAAGGAGGCAAGUAGAGAGGGGGGGGGGAGGAGAGGGAGGAGAGGAAUGGGAGGCCAGGAGCGGAAAGGGAGGGCAGCAGUCGACUUAUAAGAAUGCCAUGAAUGACUUUUUACUCCCAAGACAAGACGACAACGAGCGGAACGUCCAAGAACAGGCGCGACGACCAAGAAAACGAGCCCUGGUCCUGUCCCAGGGCAGAACUGCAGCGGAAAAAGGGCAGGUCUGGUUUGGCUACUACUUUUUCGCCGCCAAGACGCCCAGCUGCCGAGCCCUUGGCAUGGGCAACGUCAAGAGACUGUCACGUCCAACACCAUGGCGUGCGAGGGUUGGGACUGUGGGAGAGGGAAAUGAGGUGCCCCUUGGGGGGAAGGGGGAAUGAGAGUAGGGGAGCGGAAGAAGGAUUGCGCUGCCCUCAGCUGAACAGCCUGAGGGAAUGGGCACAGCCCGGAAGGAAGGGGAUAGGUAGCGGGGGGAGGAACCGGGGGGAGAAAUAACUAGCAAACAGUUUGAAGUGAGCCUCGACGGAGGAGAGAGCCAGCCAGAUCCAUCUCAGCUCCUUCACUUCUUCUUCUUCUCCUCCUCCCUCCCCCCUCCUUAGUGGGAGGAAGAGUGUUAUUC